AUGGACUCCGGCCCCCCCACGCCCGAACCGCAGCCCGUCCUCCCCAAAGUCGCCAUCAUCGGCAGCGGCGUCUCCGGCCUCGCCGCGCUGUGGGCCCUCACACACGACCCCAGCAAGCGCACGCACGAGGUGCACCUCUUCGAGGCCGCCGACUAUCUCGGCGGGCACACGCACACCGUCAACUACAAGCACGGCUCCGAGGUCAUUGCCGUCGACACGGGCUUCAUUGUGCUGAAUGCUGCCACUUACCCGAACUUCAUCUCCUUCCUCAGCCACCUGCGCAUCCCCACCAUCCCGACACAAAUGACAUUCAGCGUAACCCGCGACCAGGGCGCCUUCGAGUGGUCCGGCAGCAGCCUGUCCUCGCUCUUUGCGCAGCGCGCCAACCUCUUCCGCCCGUCCAUGUGGCGCAUGCUGUUCGACAUCAUCCGCUUCAACACCUUUGCGCUCGACCUCCUCUCCUCCGAGGACUCGGAAGAAGAGACCCUCGGCGCAUACCUGGACCGUGAGGGAUACUCGGAUGCGUUCAGGAACGACUACCUCAUCCCCAUGACGGCCGCCGUGUGGAGCACCAGCCCCGAUAAAUGUGUGCUCGAGUUCCCGGCGGUGACGCUGGUGAGGUUCAUGUGGAAUCAUAACCUGCUGAACAUCGUGUCGUCGCGCCCGCAGUGGCUCACCGUCAAGGGCGGCGCAAAGAACUAUGUCGAGGCGGUGACGAGGGCGGUGCCGGCGCACCAGGUGCACAUGUGCAUGCCCGUCACGGCGGUGCGGGGCAGCGGCAGCGUCGGCGAGGACGGGCGCGAGACGGUGCUCGUGUCGGCGAAGCGCGGCAGCGUCGAGUUUGAGUACGAGUACGACCACGUGAUUGUCGCCACGCACGGCGACCAGGCGCUACGGCUGCUUGGCGACGGCGCGACGGAGAGCGAGCGGGAGAUCCUGCGCGAGUUCCGCACGAGCACGAACACGGCCGUGCUGCAUGGCGAUAGAAAGCUCCUCCCCGUCCGCAAGUCCGCCUGGGCCGCCUGGAACUACAUCACCGCCUCGACGCCCACGUCCGCCAACGUCGCCCAGGUCUCGCUCACCUACAACAUGAACAUCCUGCAAUACAUCCCGCCGCAGCGCUUCGGCGACGUCCUCGUGACGCUCAACCCGCUCUCGCCGCCCGACCCUGCCACCGUCCAGGGCGUGUAUGAGUACGAGCACCCGCUGUACACGCCCGAGGCCGUGGCGGCGCAGCGGCGCCUCCCCGAGAUACAGGGGAAGCGCGGGAUCACGUUUGCGGGCGCGUGGACGGGGUAUGGGUUCCAUGAGGACGGGUUCACGUCGGGGUUGAGGGCGGCGGUGGGGAGUCUGGGCGCGGAGGUGCCGUUUGAGGUGAGGGAUGCGAGGUGUGUGAAGGGGGUGAGGCCGCAGGGGAGGGGGCUGGUGGAGAGGGUGAUGAGGGCGCUGGUGGGGGUGGUGUAUCUUGUGGUUGUGGUGUUGGAGGCGUUGCUGGGGAAGGGGGCGGUGAGGAGGGAGCCGGUGGGGAGGAGGAAGAAGGAGUUGUAG